CUUCAGGUUUCAACCCUCUCCGGAGCUCCUGAAAGACAAACGGAGGGUGCAGCAGCUUCUCUGGUCGCCUGUGAACUCUCUCCUCUCCCUCUCGGCUCCUUUUGGACGACCGAAGAAAGACAUGACUUCACAGCGGAGGAUUUAUUAGCUCUGGUUGUCGUUGAAACUCUUUAAAAAAUAAAAUAAAAAACCCACCUGAACCUGAACCUGAACCCCCGAACUGAACCGAGGCUGGUCACCAUGAGAAGCCGGAGCAACUCGGGCGUUAAACUGGACAACUAUGCCCGGAUGGUGCAGCAAACGAUCCUCAGACACCAAGAUCCAGUGACAGGUCUUCUCCCAGGCAGCUCGGAUCAGAAUCAUUCCUGGGUCAGAGACAAUGUUUACAGCGUCAUGUCCGUGUGGGCCCUCAGUCUGGCCUACAGGAAGAACGCCGACAGGGACGAAGACAAGGCCAAAGCCUACGAACUGGAGCAGAGUGUGGUGAAGCUAAUGAGAGGCAUCCUCCAGUGCAUAAUGAGGCAGCUGGAUAAAGUGGAGAAGUUUAAAUACAGCAGAAGUACCUCAGACUCACUCCACGCCAAGUACAACACCAGGACCUGUGCCCCUGUUGUCGGAGACGACCAGUGGGGUCACCUACAGGUCGACGCCACCUCACUCUUCCUGCUCUUCCUCGCUCAGAUGACGGCAGCCGGUCUCCACAUCGUCUACACCCAAGAUGAAGUGGACGUAAUUCAGAAUCUCAUGUUCUACAUCGAGGCAGCUUACAAAGUGGCCGAUUAUGGGAUGUGGGAACGAGGAGACAAAACCAACCAGGGCAUCACUGAGAUUAACGCCAGCUCUAUCGGCAUGGCCAAGGCAGCUCUGGAGGCUCUGGAUGACCUCAACCUGUUUGGGGCCAAAGGAGGACCAGGAUCUGUGGUCCACGCCUUGGCUGAUGACAUCCAGCACUGCCAGUCCAUUCUGACGUCCAUGUUACCCAGAGCGUCCAUGUCUAAAGAGGUGGACGCCGGAGUCCUGGCUAUCAUCUCCUACCCGGCCUUCGCUGUGGAGGACAUGAGCAUCGUCAACAUGACCAAGGAGGAGAUCAUCUCCAAACUGCAGGGUCGAUACGGCUGCUGCAGGUUCCUCAGAGACGGACACAAAACCCCCAAAGAGGAUCCAAACCGUCUUUAUUACGAGUCUGCGGAGCUGAAGCUGUUUGAAAACAUCGAGUGUGAGUGGCCUCUGUUCUGGACCUACCUCAUACUGGACGGCAUCUUCAUCAACAGCCCCGAACAGGUGCAGGAGUACCAGGAGGCUCUGGAGGGCAUCCUGAUCAAACAGAAAGACGGGAUUCGACUGGUGCCGGAGCUCUACAGCGUCCCUCCAGAUAAGGUGGAGGAGGAGUACAUGAACCCUCACUCUGUGGAGAGGAUCCCGAUGGGGAAAUGUCCUCUGAAAUGGGGACAGUCUCUCUACAUCCUGGGAAACCUUUUGUCCGAGGGAUUUCUCGCCCCCGGAGAGAUCGACCCUCUUAACCGACGUUUCUCCACAAUCCCCAAGCCUGAUGUGGUCGUACAGGUGUCGAUUCUAGCAGAGACUGAGGAGAUCAAAGAGCUGCUGUUGAAGAACGGCCUCGACGUGGAGACGGUUGCGGACAUCCAUCCCAUCCACGUGCAGCCGUCCAGAGUCCUCAGCCACAUCUACGCCCGACUCGGUCGUAACCCGAGGUUAGGUCUGACGGGACGACCCUACAGGAGAAUAGGAGUCCUGGGAACCUCCAAAUUCUACAUCAUCAGAAACACCAUAUUCUCUUUCACACCUCAGUUCAUCGACCACCAGCAGUUCUACUUGGCGUUGGACAACAAAAUGAUCGUGGAGAUGUUGAGGACAGAAAUCGCCUACCUCUCGUCCAGGUGGAGGAUGACCGGACGACCCACCGUCACGUUUCCCAUUUCACAAUCGAUGUUGACUGAGAACCACACAAACCUGGACCCUGCAGUCUUGGCCACACUGAAGAAGCUGCAGGACGGAUAUUACGGAGGAGCGAGGAUCCAGACGGGGAAGCUGUCGGAGUUCUUGACCACUUCCUGUUUCGCUCACCUGAGCUUCCUGGACGGUAAGGCUUCUGGCAGCAUGAGCCGCCACGACGAAGAGUAUGGUGAUGAUGAGCGUGACGGCGAUGGAUACGUGCAUGAGUUACGUUGUGAUGAUGAGGCCGACGACCUCGCCCAGUACCUGGACCACCUGUUGGCUCACUCUGCCCCCAAGAAGCCCAAACGGCAGGUCGGAGGUCUGGGGAGGUUCAAGGCCGCGGCCACCAAAACCAAGGAGAUGGUGUCUCUCAUGAACAAGGCUCAAGACCUCGACAUACACAAUGUCAACAUGUACCUGCCCAACAAACUGUUUCGCUCCACUCAGCCGUCCCUCAAUCUGAACCUCCCAGAGCCCGCUGCGCCGCAAGCAGCUCAGGGUCCAGAGGUGUCGGUCACAACGGAAAGCGGUAUCCCCAGAGAUGCCAGCGGUGCCAUCGACUAUAACGCUUUGGCCCAGCUGCUGAAAGACACUCAGUGUCUCCAGGACCAGGCCGAUAUUCUCUACAUCCUCUUCAAAGACAAGGGGAUGGACUGGGACACUCAUCUGCACGGUAAAGGCUCCACGGUGAGAUCUCUGCUGUCCGACCUUUACGAGAAGGCGGGUGAACUCAAACACUGGAGCCUCAUCCGGAUGAUCUCCGGUAUGCUGAAGAAGAAGGUGGAGGAGCUCGACUCGGCCUGCUCCGAUCUGCUGGCGCACCAGAAGCACCUGACGGUGGGUCUGCCUCCUGAGCCGAGAGAGAAAACCAUCACCGCUCCCAUACCUCCAGACCAGCUGGCCGCCGUCAUCGACGAGGCCAGCGACAGCAACAUCAGCGUGGCCAUACUGACUCAGGAGAUUAUGGUGUACCUGGCAAUGAGCAUAAGGACUCAGCCCAGCCUCUUCAGCGAGAUGUUCAGGCUCCGUAUCGGCCUCAUCAUCCAGGUCAUGGCCACCGAGCUCGCCCAGUCACUCAACUGCUCAGGAGAGGAAGCUACAGAGAGCCUGAUGAGUCUCAGUCCAUCAGAACUGAAGAAUCUCCUCCAUCACAUCCUCAGUGGGAAGGAGUUUGGAGUCCAACGCAGCGUUAGAGAGCUGGAUGCCGGAGUCAGUCCCGCCAUCUCCAUCCAUCACCUGGGCAACGUGGGCGCCACCAAGAGCGAGAGAGCCGGCAUCAGCAAACUGAAGAGCGACAUGAGGAUGCUGGAACACAGGUUGUCUUUGACGGAUCCGAGUAAGGCGGAGCACAGGUUGUCUUUGACGGACCCCUUUAAGGACCCCAGGUUGUCUUUGACAGAGCCAGUUUCAGAGAUGGACCGCAGGGCGUCUUUGGCCGACUCAGUUAAGCUCGACCAGUCAGUGACCUCCUUUCACAAGGGCAUGCGAUCUCAGUCUCUGGACAUAGAAAACCUUGAAUCCGGGAGGUACAGGCUGCCUUCCAUAGAAUCUCUGGACAUUCCGGAGAGCAUUCCAGUUGCCAAGGAUACCAGGCACGGCCAAUGGCUGCGCAGGAGGCGUCUGGACGGAGCGCUGAACAGAGUUCCGGUGGGGUUCUACCAGAAAGUCUGGAAGAUCCUGCAGAAGUGCCACGGUUUGUCCAUAGAAGGGUUCGUCCUUCCUUCUUCAACCACCAGAGAGAUGACACCAGGAGAGAUAAAAUUCUCCGUCCACGUGGAGACGGUCUUUAACCGCGUCCCUCAGCCGGAGUACCGACAGCUGCUGGUGGAGGCCAUCCUGGUGCUCACCAUGCUGGCCGACGUGGAUAUCCCGACCAUCGGCUCCAUCAUCCACGUGGAGAAGAUCGUCCACCUCGCCAACGACAUGUUCUACAAGGAUCAGACGGACCUGGGAGCAGAGGAGCACAUCCUGGAGAAGGACCCGUCCACCGGCGUGUGCAGGCUCCUGUACGACAGCGCCCCCAGUGGCCGCUUCGGGAGCAUGACCUACCUCACCAAGGCCGUGGCGGUGUACGUGCAGGACUUCCUGCCCAGCGGGUCGUGCGCGGUGCAGUGAGAAGGGGGUCGGCAUGUGACACCAGAUCAGGGGUGAAACCACUCAGUAGAAAACGAUAAAGCUAAACUUUGCAGCAUUUUUUCACAUUUAACAAAGUAGCAGAUUAACAGCACAUGAGUAGAUAUCGUCACUGUGUGUGUGUGUGUGUGUGUGUGUGUGUGUAUGUAUGUGUGUGUGUGUGUGUGUGUGUGUGUGUGUGUGUGCAGAGUGAAACAUGUUACAGUAUUUUAUUUAUAGGCUUUAUGUGAGAAUCUGAUCAGACUUUUAACAACAAACUCACAGAAAAUGUCAAUAAAUUAAAGGUUUUUUUAGAUAAAAAGUACUGUGUGCAUCGAAGGGAAGCCCUCAAUGUUUUUGCCGUCCUGGUCUCCAUGGCAACCUCAUAUUUGCAUCACCAGACAGCAGUCAAACAAAGUGGUUCAGCGGCUCUCGUCCCUCCAUCUCAACUUCUGACUGUGUGGCUUAAAAAAGGGCUCCACCGAAAAAAAGAACUAUUUUCUCACACAGUAAUACUCGUUUGGUGCUUUUACUGCAGCGGUACGACGACGCAGAAUAGUGCUAAUCAUCUUAAUGAAGGAGCAUGUUUUUUUUUUUUAGAUCAAUUAACAACAAAACUCUCUGGGGCAGAGGAAUAAAAUACAUCAGGGUAUGGAUGCAUAUCGAGGAAUCGAGGACAUUUGUUGUACAACACGAGGCUGAAUAACAAAAUAAGAGUUUGUGGUUCCUUCAUGCUGUACACAUAGAAAAAGAGAUUCAUAGAGUAACACAGAGUUGUGUUCUGGUCUUUUUAUGGCAUUUGUUGACAAUAGGAAAAGAUAAUCACCACACUUAUUCUAUUAAAGUGAAAUAAAAGAUUCAUUUUCAAUCCUUUUCCGUACAUGUCCUGAUGUAAAAACUUUUAUUUUUUAUCUCAUGAGUCCAGAAAUAUACGUUUUGUUUCCUGAAGGAACUUCCUCCAUUGAUGAAUCGAAAAAACAGGUAUUAGUUUAAUACAAACAUCCAUAUAAAGAGGGGGGGGCACUAACAAUGGUUGCCUGGUUAGUGCACCAUGUAACCAUGGUUACCAGUCAACCAGUCAGCAUCACUUAGAAUCGUAUACCUGUCUUCAGCAGUGGGAAAAUAAUUGUUUUCAUCUCGGUCUUGACUCGGUCUCUCUCUUUGGACUCUACUAGACCUGGUCUUGGACCCAAUAAAGGUUGUCUUGGACUACAGUUUAUUUACAGCAAGUAACCACUGACUCAUAGGACUUUUCAGCAACAAUACGCACAGUUUUUAUACCUUUGUUUUCCACCGAAUCGUCAUCAGCUCUUCUUUAACUUCAGAGACUCAAAAACAAAUCGUUAUAAUUCUUCUAAUCGAGCCUAAUUUAUUACCACGCGUGCUUUUCACUGCCGCUCGCCUCAGUUUACCUCCGAUCCUACACGCUGAAUAUUAAAUCUAUUAUUUAUUUUAUAGUUCUCAAAUGAUAAUUAAAGAAGCUAAAACGCCUUAAACACUGCUGCACUUACAACGAGUGAAACUACAGGGCUGCUGUUUUUAUAGCAGAUUGUGUAGUGAUUCUUUUUUAACAUAAAGAGCUUUUAUUGUGUUUGUUGGAGAGUUUUCAGCAUGCAGUGCACUUAAACUGUACUCGUAUAAAACUACUGUUAUGUUUGAAUGCAGUGAUUUCUAAAGUCUGUUUAAUUUGUGCAAUUCAGAUUUCUGUCCUCUUAAGAAGGGAAACGCCUUAAUUUAAUUUACUGCUAUUUAGUUUGACUUAUUUUAGCAUAACUGCAGUAAAACUUUUGGCCAUUUACGCACAUCUGUUGUUUUACAUUUUUAAGGAUUCUGUGAGAAAACAUAAAGAUGUUACAGAGAAUAAAUGAAGUUUCAGCUAAAGGUAUUUGAAACGUGUGAGCGCCACACUCCACGUGAACUACAAACGGUCACUUCUCGACGUAACAUUAAAGCCUGAGAACAGAAUCACUGAACUACCGUACUGUCGGAUGUUUUUUGUUGUUUUUGAAACUAAUUCUGUAAUAAAACGGAGAAAAUA